GCCGUGUUGCUCUGCCUCUUUGGCAGCUGUGUUACCAAGGAUUUGGGAUUGGGAAAACAAGUUAAAUGGAAGUUUGUCACCAGGUGGAAAAUGUGAGGGAAGCAAUGUAGGAACCCCUCCUGGGGCUGCUUGAAGGAUCAGGGUUGGGAUUUCUCACCUGAAAUCAUCACCUGAGCUAUCCCGAGUUUCAUGUUUACUAGCGUCCAGAUUUCCAUCUGAUCACAGAAAACCACGGAGCAGGUCAUGAUGUCGUGAUGUUAUUUUUAUUUUUAGGAAAUCUCCUGACUUAACUUGGACAAAGGCAGGAAGAAAAACCCGUGCUUUUUGUGUAGCUGCGUCAACGUUGCCUUUCUGCGUACAACAUUGACGGUACACAUCCCUGCUGUAACCAACAAACAGGAAUAUGUGAAACAUCUUCUCUAGAAAGAAAGAUGCCCUCAUUUUGGAUGAUUGCCCUCACAGUCUAAGAGAUUGACUUUCAUGAGAAAAGAUUGUACCAUCGUUUGUGUCCAUAAGAGACAAAAAGGACUCCCAGAACAAACAUUUGGAAACAGAAGCGUAUACAGCUUGACAGCCCUUGGGCUUUUAUUGAUAACCAUCCCCAUGCAAACUGUAUUUUUAAUUUCAUAACUUCAUCAGAUACAGUGAGCUAAUAGUGAGACAAUUUGAUCUUGUGAUGGCACUCUUUUCUCAAACGAGUCAGGGUUUUCAGGCUUUGCUGUGGAAAUGUCACAUGUUCUGGCCUGUCUCAAGAUGCCGACAACUGUUUGCUGCCUCUUUCAGCAUCCCUAAUAGGGAAAAAAUUAACUCUUUCAGUUCUAUGACAUCUUCCAGCACUGCUUUACCAGUGGACCCCAAAGAAGCUGAUGCCUUACCUGCCAAGAAAAGGUCUGAAAUUGAUUGCAAAGAAGGAAAAGGAUGGGAUGAGGAGACUAAAGAAAUACCUGAAUGGAAAUUCCACUUUUCUUCUUCUGUUGGAGCUGCAAAGAAAUGGUCAAUGAGUCCUUUUGUGUCAAGGCAUCGGUUUAGCAAUGUACAACCUCCAGAAAAACCUUUGCAGGCUGAAGAAUGGAACAAACUAAGGGAAGAUUUCCAAUCACCUGAAAUAUUUGAAGAGGUGAUGCUGAACAGUAUGAUCAGGUGCAACAGCCCCAUUGAUGUGGCCAAGUCCUUGCUGACGCACCUGGCAAAGCGCAACGGUGACGUUGCCUACAACAUGCUGGUCAAGUACCUGACCCUCUGCGUGCAGCAGGGACAGGUGUCAGAAAUCCGGGACGUGUACGACAUCAUGAAGGCCAGGUUCAAGAUGUUAGAAAGCGGGGCUUACAGCCUUCUAAUCAGGGGCUUGAGCAAUUCAGAUCAGUGGAGAAUGGCCUUGACUGUUUUGGAAGAAGUAAAAAAGAUUAUGAUUCCCUCACGGACGUGCUAUGAAGCUUGUAUCAAAGCUGCCAGCCGUCACCAAGAGAUGAAACUGGCCUUUGAACUGUACAGUGAGAUGUUGGCUAAAGAUGUGGUCCCAACCUUGCACGUCCUGCAGUCGUUUUUUGACUUCAGCAGGGGUAUGAAAGGUGCUGAGCUACAAAAAGAGCUCUUUGGUGUCCUCUUAUAUUUGAGAGAGAACCAAAUAUACCCUCACAGAACAUUUAUGCAGAGUAUAAAGCUGUGGUUUGAAAGUUUACCAGGAGGGAACUGGAGAGGACGCCUGACCAAAAUUAAAGACAGUGGACAAUGCCCAGUUUGCAACCAUCAGCUGGAGGACAGUAACCUCACUGAAGAGGAAUACAGUCAUCUCAGUGAGAGAAUAAUAAAGGACGUGAUACAUGGAGCUGACACUUUUAGAAAGACAAGUCCACAGGAAUUGGAGGCCUUUCAAACAUUUGUUGAAAAUCGACUUCCGUUUGAUAUUGUUAUUGAUGGACUCAAUGUUUCCCACAUAAAAUCCAGAAAGAUGCAGUGUGAAAAUCUGUUUGAUGCUAUCAACUGCCUGGCAAAGGAGAAUGCCCGAUUGCUUGUGCUGGGACGCAAACAUAUGCUGACAAACUCUUCAAAUUGGAAAAGAGAAAUUAUGAAAGAGAUGCAGAGUAAGGCAGACUUCUUCUUUGCUGAAAAUAUCUCUGAAGAUGACCCCUUCUUGCUGUAUGCCACUCUCCGCUCAGGCAAGCACUGCCGCUUCGUCAGCAGAGACUUCCUGCGGGACCACAAGGCCUGUCUGUCCGACAGCGUGACACGCCACCUGUUCCGCAAGUGGCAGCGCGGCCACCAGAUCGUGUUCUUCCCUGCUGCAGCAGGAAGGAGCAUCAAUUUCUUGCCAGCUUUGUGUUACGACUGUGUGGUACAGACCACAGGUGAUACAUGGCAUAUUCCCUAUAAAGAUGUUUUUGAGGAAAAAUAUUCAUAUCAAAUACCAAGAAAAUGGCUCUGCAUUCACCAGAAAUGAUGAAGAAUGUAAUUGGAUAAGCUGAAGUGGCCUCUUUUUUUUUUUUUUUUUUAAUCUCUGUUGCUGGCUAGGAGAAUUCAGCAGGACAGUUAUGGGGUGAGGUGUGUUACUAAAGAAAAUUGAGUGACUGCUUUUGACAAAAUCAUUCCUGCAUACAUCUCUUAACACCAACAGUGGUGGUCCAGUGGGGGUGAAUUAUGUCCAUGAUUUCUGUUUUUACAGGCAAUUUUUGAUUUGAAUUAAAACUUGCUUUUUCCUGUUGGAAUUAGA